GACAAACGCAGAAUUCGUAUGCUGGCACAAUCAGAACCAAUGUCAUUCUUGCGUCGGCGACUGAACGACGAUUCCCUCCUCGGCCUCGUCGCCAUAUUGCGACGAAAGUGUACUAAGAGCUGGUAUUUCCAACUUCUUGGGAGUAAACAACUCCCAAGACUCUCCCAACUUCCUCUCUUGUGUCACUUGAUCCUCUUCUUCCCCAAGGCUGUGUUCACAAAAGAAUACAGACUUUUUGUUACCUGUUGUGUUGAUAAUGGCUUGCUAAACCGACCAAGAUGUCUGUUGCUGCUGUUGGUUUCUCCGGAGUGAUCUCCGUCCGCAGCUCCGUCUCUGUGCAUGGACACCCAGCUCGCCAUGGACAAGAAGGCAAUGGCGAAAGCUCCUCCGCUGCCUUCUAAAAAUGGCUCGGAAGGAACUCUUAAAGGUGGCAGAGCUUGGGGGACAAGGAGCAGUGCAGGUUAUGGUGGAGUAGGUGCCCCAUCUGCUAACAGUGGACUCCUCUCUGAAGAUGAAGAGGAAGAGGUAGCUCCUGUUCCAGAGUUUAAACAUGCAUUUAGUGAUGCAAUUGCAAAAGCUUUUGAUGCUGCUGCUUUGAAACCAACAGGUCAGAAUAAAGAGUUGGAAGUGUCCACAGCAGGAGGAAAAAAAGGAAAAAAGAAGAAGAAGAAAGUACUCCUGUUUUCUUCUGGUGGAUUCAGCUGAACCUGUAGCUGUGGUAGCUGUUUUUUAUUUCAAGCAAAUGUUUGAGCUUUUGUUGUUGGUUAAAUCACUCACAUGUUUGAAUUUGUGUAAUCUUACAUGGUUAAGUUGUACCUUACAUUUCAGUGAUUUCAUUUCUGUGAUGAAGUAUUGAUUGUAGGCAUUGUAUAUUUUGUGACAGCAUUUGUUAUCAGGGCUCAGUCUCUUCUCUUUUGGUUACUUGAUCUAGUUUAUCACUUGUGAUUUCUGUUUGCAGAUAUCUUCCCUCUGUAGUUCAGCUUACAGAGUCUGAUUCCCUCUUUUUUUUCUUUUUUUUCCUUUUCUUCUUUUUUUUUACUGUCAGAUUUACUAAUUGCAAAAAAACGCUCUUAAACUAGGAGCCUUUGCAAUUAUAAAAGGUAAAACCCUGUUCAGAUAAAGUUGCUUAUUAACUUAUUCUUUUGACAUACAUAUUUAUAUGUAGCAAAAGUUUCAUCUUCCAGGAUUUCUAUCUUUAAAGUAUAAUUUUAUUUCACAGUUGUUCAGUUGUGCAAGGUUAGGUACUAAGACUGUUUCCUUGAUCUUGGUAAUUGAACAUCCCUUUUUAUUUUAUAUCCAUCUUUUAUCAUAUUUGAAUUUGCCUCAUUCUCCAAUCUGGAAGUUAGAUGAGGUGCUAAUUUGAUAACUGAGUCAAGUCAUUGAUGACCCCUUUAUGAAUAUAGGUAUUCCUGUUUAUCAGUUAAAUAAUUUAUUCAUUUUUGUUUAUUUUCAUUCAUAACAUGUGUGAAUCUGAUAUCAUUGUAUGUAACUGUUGCACCCAGAGAAGUGCAAGUCCCAUUGCUUCAGUUGGGCACUAAAUAAAAUGAAAAAAAAAAAAAAAAAAAA